GAUCAUUAUCAGCUACAGAUACAACUUUUAUUACAUAUACUUGAAAAAGUGCCAAGUGGUUUGUUUUGAUAAGAGAAAAUAAAAAAAAAUAUCUAAUGGAUUCUGACUCGUUCGAUUCAGGAUUUUACACAGAAAUGGAUGAUUCCAUAUCUUCGAGUGAUGAGUUAGAUCUUCAACAUCCCAUAGCAGUUCGGAUUCCUCCUGCGGAAGAAGAUCCUGUCGAAGAAGCUGCCCCCUCGGUAGAGCGACGAAGUCUUUAUUCAUUGGGCUACCUGAACUUCUUUGAAAAAAAACCUGCUUCUUUAGAAGAAGAAAUGAAUUCUUGGUAUGAUUAUAUGAGAGCCUACACUCCUUUGAUGCAUUUGAUGCUAGAGGAAUAUAAAUUCAGAUGGGAUCAUUAUCAAUACAAACGUCGUUCUCGAAUGGCUGCAAACUUCCAGGAUUCGGAAGACGAUUCCGACAACUCCAACAGUAGCAUUACAAGUAGCAUAGUAGACGGCUUUCCUAACUCUGACGAAGUUCACACUCAUGGCUUUAAUAAUCAUAUGGAAAGCAUUAGACCCGGAUACUAUAUAUUUUUAUCAUAUUUCCAGGGGGGAUGGCCAUACCCCCUCGUGAAACGAUUUCUAAAAACUCAGAUGGGUUUACGCUGUUUCCGUAGCCAAACUGUCAAUGAAGCGUUAACGGAACAAGAUGAUUUCCGGGCUUUAAUUAAAUUUAGAUCAGUGAAAGCUAGAGCGGAUGUUUUUACAAUGUUAUCUGAAAACGAAAUGCUUGAUCAAUUCAAAUAUGUUUGUGUUGACGCUGAUGAGAAUUAUUUCAAUUAUGGGGUGAUUAAGCAGCUCAGGUACACCAAGGGAUGCGUCGGUUUGCCAACAUUCCUCGUCGCUAUAAAGUAAAUAACCUGAAAAAAAAAUGUCUUUAAAUAAAAUUAAAAUAUUUUAAACUCAUUAAAAAUUAUAAACUGUGACUUUAUUAUAUAUAU